AUGUACAACUUUCAGAUCUUGAGUCCGAGUGAUCAUUGGACAGUAUCAAGAGGAUUGGAGAAGGAAGAUGGUAAAGGAUUUGGCAAUAAGGUGGAGUUGGGUAAGGACCCAUCUGCAAAGGGGGUUGUAGCAGUAGUGGGCAGUGAUGGUGGGUCUAAGAUUCCAGUAGAAGCGAGAGUAUGUGGCUGGACAAAAUAUUGUGAGGGUGGCGACACAACUGGGUUUGUAGGAGGUGAAAGCAUUGUAUGGGUAGGAGGGAAGUUAAACAAAGGUAUAGUGGGCAAGCCUGGAAUAUGUUGUGGGCUAGAUGAGGUAGAACGGGGAGAUGGACUCGCAAAAGGAAACAUUGUUUCAUUGAAAACAACAUCGUGA